AUGGGCUGCGGUGCCUCCUCCGAACAGUACCGAGAAAACAACUGGGAUGCUGAGAAGGAACCAGAGACAGCAGAGGCGCAUGGGUCAGUUGAUUACGCCUUGCCUGGCGACGCGGCAACGUACGCCACAAGCGUCGACUGCGCAUCUGUCCGACAAGACCCGGCCCCUUCGCAGAGAGCCAGCAGCGCAAGUGGUGCCUGGCAAGUAGAGGCCUCUGGAGCAUGGGAGACGCUUCCGCCGGACGUCAACCAGGCCCUCACGGAAGCCUACCACUCGGGCCAGACUGUGGCGCUCUACUCUGUUCGAGGUGCCCGGCCCAGUGAUGAUGCGAGCUUCGACGUGGACUUCCGCAGCCUGGUGCAGACCAAUCGGAAGACGGGCCAAGUUCUGCAGAUCCGCUGGGAUGCUUGUGCGAGCGCUGGCAACUGCCAGGCUGCGGGCCAGGGAGGGAGGACGAGGUAUCAAUGGGAACUCAAGGACGGCGAGUGGGCAGACUUCGAGGAGGAGGAAGAACAGUACAUCGUCCGUGCUUGGAUGAUGGGCCAUGACUUCAUUCGGUAUGCUGCCUGGGGCCUCGAGUACGAGAUCAAUUUCCCCAGGAUGGUGCUGAUCAACAUCUCCUCCGGGAACAGGCGCCACAUUCGUGUAAAGCCAGCUGGAUCACUCAUGCCGGCGCCCUCCAAGACAGCCCCGCCAGAGGCAGCAGAGGAGCCAGCCGAACAGCCUCGAGCUGAGCCUGCGCCGAACUCGAAGCCCGAGGCUCGCAGGGCCGGCAGACCCCAGGACAGCAGCAAGCGCUUCAGCCUGGGAAAGAAGACGGCCCAAGGGGCGCAACCUGCGCCGGAUGCGAAGCCAGGCCAUGACCCCAAGCGCGAAGCCAAGCCAGGGCCACAGCCGGAGAGGCCUGAGAGGUACAGCCAAGAGCUCCCCAGCGGAGCCUCUUGGCCGCCUCUACCUUCUGCCAGGGAGGCAGCCCGAGUGCUCUUUGCAGAGCUCUGCGCCACGCGCCAACGCCCAACGGCUGAGAAGAAAUCAUUUUACAAGGGACACUGCCUGGCCUGGCAUCCAGACAAAAAUUUGGAUCAGGAGGAGCUCGCCACUGAAGUCUUCAAAUUCCUGCAGCUGGUUCGGGAUUGGUAUUUGGUGGCUUAA